AUGAGCGAGGAGUGUAUUGAGAAUCCUGAACGAAUUGAAAUUGAUGCUGACUUAAUUGAGACCCGAAAUAAAAUGAACUUGAAAGAAUUGAUUCAUCCAAACGAAGAAGAUAAUUCUACCCUACUUAUACUGAAUCAAAAAAUUGAUAUUCCUAGGCCGUUGUUUUACAAAAUUUGGAAACUGCAUGACCUAAAAGUCUGUGCAGAUGGAGCAGCCAAUCGGUUAUAUGACUACCUAAAUGAUGACGAAUCCAUAAGGACAAAAUAUCUCCCUGAUUAUAUAAUUGGUGAUCUAGAUUCACUAUCAGAAAAAGUUUUCAACUACUAUAGGGAAAACAGAGUAAUUAUAAUAAAACAAACCACACAAUAUUCGACUGACUUCACGAAGUGCGUGAAUUUGAUUUCUCUACAUUUCAAUUCACCAACAUUCCACUCUUUGAUAUCGAAUAAAAACAACAUUCAGUCAAAUCAUGGAAUCGAGCUAGAAAAGGGUAUUCAUACAUUAUACAAUACUAUGGCCGAGUCUUUAGCUUUUUCGAAAGUGACUCCAAUUAGCCUAUUGGCACUGGGAGGUAUUGGUGGCAGAUUUGAUCAGACAGUUCAUUCAAUUACGCAGUUAUACACUUUAUCCGAGAAUGCAAGCUAUUUCAAGCUUUGUUAUAUGACUCCAACAGACUUAAUAUUCUUAAUCAAAAAAAAUGGAACUUUUAUUGAGUAUGACCCUCAAUUUAGGAACACUUGUAUAGGGAAUUGUGGAUUGUUGCCUAUUGGAGAAGCUACUGUGAUAAAGGAGACCCGCGGCUUAAAAUGGGAUGUUAAAAAUUGGCCAACUAGCGUUGUCAACGGAAGAGUCAGUAGCAGUAACAGAUUUGUUGGGGAUAAGUGUUGUUUCAUUGACACCAAAGAUGACAUCAUUUUGAAUGUAGAAAUAUUCGUUGAUAAAUUGAUAGAUUUUUUGUAA